UCUGCCAGUUGUCGUUACAGGGCGCUCAAUAACCGGUGGGGGAGCCAGUCCGGCGCUUAGAGCCAGUGGAACCAAUGGAAACAACGGAAUCAAUUCGUUUGUUUGCCACUAUUCAAUAUUUGCUUAAGAACUCAGCGCGAUUCGCGGAUUCGCAUGUGCGAUAAGCGAAAAUCAUCAAUAAAUAUGCAUAUACAUACAUAUAUAAGCAUACUCUUACAGAGGCAUUAUGACUUUGCCAACUCAUUUGUAACGUUUUAUUCGAGGCUGAACCGAAUCAGUUCAAGCCCGGAAUGUCCAUUUAUACUUUGCUGGGACAGAUAAGUUUAUUAUAUACUCUCUAGAAACAAUAAUUAGCGCUGCAUUUCGCGUGUUUCGUCGACAUUAUAAAUCGAUUUUAUAUUAUGUAAACUAUUCAUGGACUCAGCUUCAGAUGAAGCAAAAGCUAAUGAACUUUACUACUUGCAAUCUUUAAACAGUUGAACCAAGAGUCCGUGCGCUAUGCUUUCUUCAGUUCCUAACCUACCGCUUCUCGCUUAUCAUUUCAUCAGAAAAGUUGUGGGCCCUAGCCUUCAAUUGAUUUCCAUAUUUCAGUCUAUUUUUGAGUUAAGCCCAGAGGAGUGCAGCUGAGUGACCAUUCCAGUGCAAUACAAUGAAAUGCAUUCUGCUUCUAUAUGUUCUAUAUAUAGGCCUAACACUGAUUAUAGCUGAAGCAGAGUUGAACGAAAAUGAGUCUUGUUCGGCAACCAGAACAGCAGAGGAGGAAUGUGGAAAGUACACCUAUAAAUCUGUGAGACCAUUAUUAAAGUACAUACAUCAGAUGAAGGAGGAAAUUGAAAACAAUAACAAUAAAGUUGAAGGCAAAGACAGAGAAAUCAAGCAACUGCAGGAAAAGCUUAACCAACGUAAUGAAUUGGUCAUCGAGGAUCUGAGAGCUCAGAAUGACUUCUACAAACAGACUAUCAAAGAGCUAACGAGCAACGUCUUAUUGAUAAAAGAAGAAAUGGCUAAACUCACUUCCAAUGCCUUUAAAAUCCAAGACCAUGAAAAGCAGCUGGAGAAAAAAAUGAAGACAAUUAAUGAAAAGGACCAACGAAUAACCAAAAUCAAGAACGAAAUCAGCAACUGUGCCAAGAAAUUAAAAAGCUGCGAAGAGCAACCUGUUUGCAGUGAUUGUAGUCAUUUUGCAAAUGCUCCGGGUAUUCAUAAAAUUAUUCCCAAUAAUGAUCCGUUCGACGUACUUUGCGACAGUGCGACAGCAGGUCCUGGCUGGACGGUUAUCCAGCAGCGAAUCAAUGGUAAGGAGGAUUUCGAUAGGAAUUGGGCGACAUAUCGUGCCGGCUUUGGUAACUUUGAUAAUGACUUCUUCUUGGGGCUCGAGAAAAUUCAUCGAUUGACGAGCACCCAGCCCCAUGAGCUGUACAUACAUAUGGAAGGAUUUGAUGGGAUCAUCAAAUACUAUAGAUAUGAAGAGUUUGCUAUCGCUGGCGAGGCUGAUCAAUACAGACUGAUCACCUUGGGCAAAGGGGAGGGCAAUGCAACAGGCGAUUCUCUGCGUUAUCAUCUAAAUGAGAAAUUCACCACAUACGAUCGUGAUAAUGAUUCGCAUGAUUAUGUCAACUGUGCAAUCUAUCAUGGUGGUGGUUGGUGGCACAAAAAUUGUUCAUACAGCAAUUUAAAUGGCAAAUACUAUGAUCAUAAUGUGCAGAAAAAAGAUGCAAUUUAUUUUGAGGGGAUAGUCUCUUUGAAAAAAGUCAAAAUGUUGAUACGCCCCAAAGCAAAUCGCAAUAACUAA